CGCUGGCUGCAUAUAUCUCAAUUCACUGUAAACAGUGCGACGUCAUCAAAAGAGGCUGAAACUGGAGUUGAGGUGUGAAAGUGUGGCUUCUGUCACUGUCGAGUUCCGGAUUGUGCUCGACUUUUCAGCUGUCGGUCGCGUCUGCGUGAGCUGAGCCAGUAGCGCGGGGGUCUUAACAGAGAGUUACGUCGCCGAGACAGAGCAGGAGGAAGUCAGAACCUACCUUUCAUUGUAAAGCUUAGAUGGAUGCCGCAAAGAAGUGCCAAGCUGACAUGAAUACCUUGGAGGAAAGGGCCAUAAAUAUUAAACAGGAGGACUGUGAGUGGGAGUGUGCCCACCCUGAACUCGUUAAAGGGGAGGAUUGUGAACUGGGAUCCAGAGCCAUUAAAGAGGAGCCUGAAGAGAGGUCUUUCAUCAAAAUUACAGACUAUAUCAAGGAAGAAGAGCUCCAUUCAGAGUUUGUCUUUCAUUAUGGGUGUCAAGAUACAGCAUUGACCGGGUUAAUGUCCUCUUUCAGUGGACACUCCUCAUUUCAAGAGUCCUCCAUCAAUGUCAAGUCUGAAUCAUUAGUAGCUGGUACAAUUGGGAAUGCGGAGAUAUUGAAGAAUACAACUGGAGAUCAUCCAUCAUCUGUGAAUUGGUCUGAAGAAAGUAAGUAUAAAGUAAAAUUAAAUGUCCAAGAAAGCUGCAGUUUCUCCACACCUUUCUUUAUCCAGACUUCCCUUCAGGACAGACUAGAACAGGCUCCCAAUGGUGACAAGUCAACACCACCGGUUCUGACACCAGCGUCUGUGCACCUUACCUCUCUCCCUGUUGUGAAACUGAUAAGGAUUGAUGAUACUAACACUCAAAAAGAGUGCAAUUCAAAUUCAGAGGUUCUGCAAGUCUCCCAUGGGCAGGGGAAAAGUUUCAAGUGCAAAUUUAAGGGCAAGGGUAAUCAACAGAACCAUUCCAGCCAGACGCCACACAGCUGUCCUGACUGUGGAAAAUGCUUUUUAAAAGCAGCCCAACUUCAGAACCACAAGAGAGUACACAAUGGAGUGAAGCCAUAUUCUUGUCCUGACUGUGGAAUGAAAUUUGCUCAGAUGUGCCAUCUUCAGAUACACCGAAGAGCUCAUACUGGUGAGAGACCAUAUUGCUGUUCUGAAUGUGGCAAACGAUUCUCUUAUAGUAAUGAUCUUCAGAACCAUAUAAGAAUCCACACCGGUGAGAAGCCGUACUGUUGUUUUGAAUGUGGAAAAAGAUUUUCGCAAAGUAGUCAUUAUAAAAGGCACACGCGAAUUCACACUGAAGAGAAGCCGUAUGGUUGUUCUAAAUGUGGCAAGCGAUUCUCUGAAAAGAGCUGCCUUCAGAUCCACAUAAGAAUUCACACUGGAGAGAAGCCGUAUUGCUGUACAGAAUGUGGGAAACGAUUCUCACAACUGAGUCAUCUUAAAAAGCAUACGAGAAUUCACACUGAAGAAAAGCCAUAUUGUUGUUGUAAAUGUGGCAAACAAUUUUCUGACAGUAGCACUCUUCAGGUACACUUGCGAAUUCACACUGGAGAGAAGCCAUAUUCCUGUUCUGAAUGUGGAAAACAGUUCUCGCAGAGUAGCCAUCUUAAAACGCACAGAAGAAUUCACACUGAUGAAAGGCCAUACUGUUGUACCGAAUGUGACAAGCGAUUCUCUGACAGUAGCAGUCUUCAAGUGCACAUGCGAAUUCACACUGGGGAGAAGCCGUACAGCUGUGCAGACUGUGGUAGGCGAUUCUCACAAAUUAGCCAUCUUCCGAUACACCGAAGAAUUCACACAGGAGAGAAGCCAUACCGUUGCCCCGAAUGUGGCAAGGGAUUUUCUGACAAGGGCUCACUUCGGAGACAUUGUAGAAUUCACACUGGAGAGAAGCCAUAUUGCUGUUCUGAAUGUGGCAAGCGAUUCUCCCAAAUGGCCACUCUUAAGACCCACAUGAGAAUUCACACUGGAGAGAAGCCGUAUUCCUGUUCUGAAUGUGGGAAACGAUUCUCAGACAGCAGCCAUCUUCGGAGACACACAAGAAUUCACACUGGAGAAAAACCAUAUUGUUGUUUGGAAUGUGGCAAAAGAUUUUCACAGUCAAGCAGCCUUCAGAGUCACACAAGAAUUCACACCAGAGAAAAACCGUAUAGUUGUUUGGAAUGUGGCAAAAAAUUUUCACAAUCGAGCAAUCUUCAGAGUCAUACAAGAAUACACACUGGGGAGAAGCCGUACUUUUGUUCUGAAUGUGGCAAACGAUUUUCACAGUUAAGCAGUCUUCAGAGUCACACAAGAAUUCACAAUGCUGAAAAGCUAUAUUGCUGUAAUGAAUCUGGUGAGCAGUUCCCACAUAUGAUCAGUCUUCAGAGCCACAAAAGAAUUCAGACUGAAGAGAAGCCAUACUGCUGUUCAGAAUGUGGCAAACGAUUCUCUUACAAGAGCAGUCUUCGAGCCCAUUCAAAAAUUCACGUAGGAGAAAAACCCUACUGCUGUUCUACAUGUGGCAAACAGUUUUUCCAAAUGAGCCAUCUUAAGAGCCAUACAAAAGUUCAUACAGGAGAAAAACCUCAUGGCUGUUCUGAAUGUGGCAAACAAUUCCGUGACAGGAGUACUCUUCUCAGACACACAAGAAUUCACUAUGGAGAGAAGCCCCAUUGCUGUUCAGAAUGUGGCAAACGAUUCUCACGAAGCCUCUAUCUUCAGGCCCACAGAAGAAUUCACACUGGAGAGAAGCCAUAUAGUUGUUCAGAAUGUGGCAAGAGAUUUUCACAACUAAGUAAUCUACAGGCACAUGCAAGAAUUCACACUGGAGAGAAACCAUAUUGCUGUUCAGAAUGUGGCAAAGUAUUUGCACAACUAAGCAGUCUUCAGAGCCAUACAAGAAUUCAUACUGGGGAGAAACCAUAUUGCUGUAAUGAAUGUGGCAAGCAAUUCUCACAUAUGAUCAGUCUGAAGACCCACACACGAAUUCACACUGGAGAGAAACCAUACAGUUGUAAAGAAUGUGGCAAACAAUUCUCUUACAGGAGUAGUCUUUUCACCCAUUCAAGAAUCCAUGUACGGGAGAAACCUCACUGUUGUUCUACAUGUGGCAAACAGUUCUCACAAAUGGCAACUCUUAAGAUUCACAUAAGAAUUCAUACUGGAGAGAAGCCGUAUUCCUGUUCUGAAUGUGAUAAACGAUUCUCUGACAGCAGCCAACUUAAGAGACACAAAAGAAUUCACACCGGAGAGAAACGUUACUGCUGCUCUACCUGUGGCAAAUGUUUUUCACGAAUGGCUACUCUGAAGAGUCACAUAAGAAUUCACACUGGAGAGAAGCCAUAUUCCUGUCUUGAAUGUGGAAAGCAAUUCUAUGAGAGGAGUGCUCUUCGGAAACACAGUAAAAUUCACUAUCAAGGGAAGUCCUGAAGGAAUAAGUUAGGAGGGUUAGUUUGGAUUUCAUUCUCCUUUCCUUUUGUCUUGACCUAACUCCAAGCCUUGAGGUGUACUUCAUAAGGUGGGCUUUGUUCUGUGAGAUCCAUAACAAAUCUCAUCAAGACAAGGCUAUUUUCAUAGUAUAAAAAGGAUCUGUCCUACUGGCUGCACAUCACCCAGGAUACAAUGGUGUCCAUAGGGCAGGAUGAGGUGGUAGCAGUGGUGCAAAAUCUGACAUGGAAUCAGUUCAGAAGACAAAGCUGGCUUCACCACAAUGGUACAGAGAAAAA